CACAUCUCACAAACAGAGAAAUAGAGAGAGAAUAAAAAAGAGUCAUCUCCCUUGCUCUUGCUAGCUAGCUAGAAUUUAUUCUUUUCAAUCAUUUCUUUGAUUUUGUGCGUCAACACAGUAGAAACCAAAAGAUAUGGCUUCACAGGAUCACCAAGCGUGGCUACUGGAGCAAGGCAACAUCAAGGCCUUGAGUCGAGAACAUCGACAUGGUCAUGGACGAACUGCGCACAACAUGUCUUCGUCUUCUUUGCGCAAAAAGUCUGACCUUAGAAUUGUGUCAAAGAUUCAGCCUGGUGUUGUCAAAUCAGUUUUGACCAAUUUUCAAGAGGUCUUUUUGGGAACCAAACUUUCUGUUCUUUUCCCUGCUGUGAUUCUUGCCAUUAUUGCCCAAGUCUAUAAUUUUGGCAGACCAUGGGUUUUCGCUUUGAGCUUGCUUGGUCUUACUCCACUGGCAGAACGUGUCAGCUUCUUGACUGAACAAAUUGCUUACUUCACUGGUCCAACAGUGGGAGGGCUUUUGAAUGCAACAUGCGGCAAUGCGACCGAGCUGAUCAUAGCGAUAUUCGCAUUAAACCAAAACAAAGUAGCUCUUGUGAAGUACUCUCUCUUAGGUUCUAUACUCUCAAACCUCCUUUUGGUUCUUGGGAGCUCACUCUUUUGUGGUGGGAUUGCCAAUAUUAGACAGGAACAAAAAUAUGACAGACGACAAGCCGAUGUGAACUCGAUGCUUCUGCUACUGGGAUUGUUGUGCCAUAUGCUGCCAUUGAUGUUCAGAUACGCAGCGGCUUCGACUGCUCUUUCAGCUGUUCCGACGCUUAAUUUGUCAAGAGCGAGUAGCUUUGUGAUGCUAAUUGCAUAUACUGGAUACAUAGUCUUCCAACUAUUCACACACAGACAGUUAUUUGAGGCAGAAGAGGAUUCUGAGGACGGCGAUGAUGUGAGUUCAGAAGAAACGGCGGCGAUCGGACUGUGGAGCGGAAUUGCUUGGCUGGUUGGGAUGACUGCUGUUAUAGCUUUGUUGUCAGAAUAUGUUGUGGGCACAAUUGAGGCUGCUUCAGAAUCUUGGGGAAUUUCAGUGAGCUUCAUUAGCAUUAUCUUGCUACCCAUUGUUGGAAAUGCAGCUGAACAUGCAGGAGCAAUUAUUUUCGCUUUCAAGAACAAGUUGGAUAUAACUCUAGGUGUUGCUUUGGGGUCUGCAACUCAAAUUUCGAUGUUCGCGGUUCCCUUCUGUGUUAUCAUGGCUUGGAUUAUGGGCAUCGAAAUGGAUCUUAAUUUCAACCUUCUUGAGACAGGCUCUCUUGCCGUCGCAAUAAUUGUCACAGCUUUCAGUUUACAAGAUGGGACUUCUCAUUACAUGAAAGGAUUGGUUAUGUUGUUGUGCUACAUUGUAAUUGGAGCAUGCUUUUGGGUAACCAACAUCCCCCUCAAGCAGGGGAAUGUCGUUAACUUGGGACUUCAAUCUUCAACCGGAGCAGUCUUAGGAGCUUAAUGGAAUUGCAGGAUCCACGUGGCCAUUUUUGGUCGAUCCGCGAAUGGUAUCCCUGCUUGAAACUUGAACAGAUAUUGGAAACUGCACUGCCUUUUGUAUUCUUUCAUUUCAUUUGGUCGCCGAUCACCUGAGACUGAGGAAAGCCAACAUCUGCAUUUCUUAAUUUAUUGUUCACAGAAGUUUGUAAAUUUCCAGAUGAUUACAUGGUUUUGACGGAAUUACAAUUGGAGAUGGAAGACAAACUGCAGGAUAUUUAGUAAACAGGUUUUCCAGAAUGUUGUGUGGUUUUUUCCUUCUCGGUUGGUUUUCUGGGUUGGGGUAUGGUUGCUUGUAGUGCCAAUGGAGUGGACGUUUCAUUACUGUAUGUAGCACAGUCGAAAUACAAUAAAUGGGAAUUCUUGUUGUGUUGAA